UGACAGAUGGUGUCGGCCAUGUUGCAAUUUCUGAAUUUGAUGAAUUUUCUUCAAUCACAUCAAUUCAGAUUUCAGUUUAUAGAAUUAUUGUGAUUAGGCAUUUUUAAAAGUGAAACAAACCGCUCAAUAACUACUAUUUCUUAAUAGUCUUAAAACGAGCAUAUUAUAGUGUAAUAGACCGUCUUGUAAACCUAUUUAAUGUGAAACAAAAAUGAGGCGAUACGAGUCAAAAACAAUUUCUAGUGCCUACGUACUUCCUACAAUGAUUAAUCUUUUGGGGCAAGGCUCUUAGUAUUUUAUGUAAAUUAGCAUGGGUCGGCGCGGAGUGACGUAUCGUCUAUUGAAUGUUUUUAUCACGCGUCAGUAUCAUCGAGCGUUGUGACUUGUGAACACUGAGGUUCGAUCUCGGCCGAAAGUGAAACGUUAAGCUUAUGGCAUAUUGUGUGUAGUUUAUAGUAUUCAGUGUCGAGACAUGGCGCCGCCUAGACCUCCGCCGCCUCCUGGGCCUCCGCCACCGCCCGGGCCGCCUCCUCCGCCUAUUUUCAGCGGGUCUAAAGGCGGUGGUUCAGCUGAUAAUAGAAACGCUUUGCUAAGUUCCAUACGACAAGGGGCUAAGUUAAAAAAAGCAGUUACAAUAGAUAAAAGUGGACCCUAUAUACCUGGUAAGGUUUCAAAUGUGUCAAACAGUGGUUCCCCUGUUGGUAAUGGAGUUAGGAGUGCAGCACCUGUUCCGAAUGGAGGUGCAGGAGCUAUGCCAGGCUUGGGAGGACUCUUUGCAGGAGGCAUGCCCAAAUUGAGGCCCACUGGGAAAUUGGCUGGCACCACACCUAAUGGCCAAAUCAAAAUGGACGCUCCACGGUUUCCACCAUCACAACAAACACAAGCACAAAGAUCACCGGAAAAAACGCGGCCUAUCCCCGCUGGUGGGAACUUAGUAGCUGCCAUAUCAGAAGCUUUAGCGUCAAGGGAAAGUUCUAGAGAGUCACCAAGGGAGUCACCGAGGGAGGCUCCCUCAAGACCCAUGGUUAGGAGGCAGCCUAGUGAGGCAAAAGCAAGAGGGCCACCUCCAGAACCACCUGUACAAAAACCUGUGAUGCCUUUGAGUUCAUCAGACUCAGUGCUGACGACGGGCUCAAUUUCCGAACGCAUAACCAACUUGCAGCAGUCCUCGGAACAAAACCUGCAACCACAUGUCGCCACCACGCUGCAACGGAACAGGAGCUCCUUGCAUUCCGGCUCACAGACUUCUUUGGGCGGUUCUAUGACUUCCCUCUCAUCAGCGCCACCUACCCCUGCGCCAGCAUCUUCAUUGUCUACGUCAGAUUUGACAGAACGGCCACGGGUCAGCCACGGGAAACCAAACCUAGCGCCCAAGCCGCCUACAGUGUCCACUGCGCCUGAUAGGCCUUCGCCCCCGCCUAAGAAGCUCAUCGUUAAUGGCAAGCUGGCGGCGCGAGCGCAGAGCAUGAGGAUGCCAAGGUCGCCACCAGUGUCUCCGCCAUCCCCCGCGGGCGCGCCGGGCUCGCGGCCGCCGCCCUGCACGCCGCCCCUCGUCGCCACCAAGAACCCCGCCUCACACUUUGGCACUCUGCGCGCGUCGCGUGGCCUGCGCCCCCCGGGCGUGUGUCCGCCGCCGCCGCCGGGCGCUCCGCCCCCGCCGCCCGCGCGCGCCGCCUCCCUGGCUCAGCCCCCGCCGCCGCCGCCGCCUCACUUCCGAUUACAAAACCACAGACACGAACAGCCUUCAGACGAAGCCCCCGCGCCCGCGCCCCCCGUACGGGGUUCGUCAAUGCGCGCGGCGGACUUGGAAGCUCGGUUCGCGGAUCUAUUCAACCCGGCCGCGUCCUUCCCGCUGCCCGACCCCUUCCUGCGCAUCGCUAAAGGCUACAGCAGCACCACUGUUGCUGCGAACAAGGCGCCCGCGCCGGCGCCACCGCUGCGCCUCCCGCUGGCGGGCUGGUCGGGCACGUCGAGCGCGUGCUAGCGAGCGCGGGGGGCGCCUGCGCCUCCCCCCGCCCCGCUCGCCGCCGCGCGACACCUCGCGC